AUGUUGGAAAACAUUAUAACGUCAGAUGGGCUACUAAAUGCCCCUGGCACAAGCAAUGCCUUUGAGAAUGAGGAUAAGAUGGAAGUCUCAUAUGACAUCGCUAAUGAUGUCUCAGAAUUACUUAGUAAGAUGACCAUCAAGUCCUGUCCUCUUGAUCCCGUCCCUGCUUCUGUUUUGAAGCAGUGCACAUCAGUUCUUUUGCCUGUCUUGACUCAAAUUGUAAAUCAGUCUUUAUGUCUAGCUGUUUUUCCAGACUGUUUUAAGCUUGCAUUGUUGAAUCCUCUUCUCAAAAAGCCCACACUUGAUGUUGAAGUUUUUUUUCAUAACCAUGUGAGAAUCCGGUAGCGUUUUAUAUCGUUCAAGCAGUUGAGGCACAUAAUCUAUGCAAUUUCAUUCAAACAGUAGAAAGUUAUAGCCAUUUCUGUUUCAGAGCCUCUUUUUUAUAUUGUGAAUUACAUCGUUUUUAAAUACCUAUUAACCAGCUUGAUGCAAGGUUCGAGGGUGCUACCAAAAUUGUUUACGUUCUUUGGGGUGCCCUUAAGGUAUUUGGAUGGGCAAUCUUUCCAAGAUUGUAGGCCCAGUUGCAUUGAAUUGACAAAUCUGUGUGAGCGUCCGAUCUGUAGUCUUUUUCUUGACAGUUCAUGUACAGCUCAAUGGAUUCGAAAAAAAAAGGACGAGGAUAAAGGAAAACCUCUAUCUAUGCUGUAGUCUCCCGCACCAUAACUUCAACUUGUAUGUUUCCGCUCUAACGAUAAUUUGGCUGAUGUUCCUUUGUUUUGGUUGUCCCGACUACAACAAAUCACCUCCUGUUCUCCUAAUCUGCUCUAUUGGAAAAAAAAUUCACAUCUGAUCCUUGCUAUUUUUUUCACUCUCCUCGCAUUUACUGAGUAUCUAGUAGAAUACUUCCACUCAAUUAUUUGUUAUCAAACUUCUCCACACAGCACACCUGACGAAAUAACGAGGGCUUGCCGUUCCAUUUUUGCGUUGAAGCACUAACAGGAAAAUUACAGAUUAACUAUGUAUUUGUCUUACAAAGAUUGAAUGCAUUUUAUUUAUCAUUGCAGGAAAACAGAAAGCUACUACCUCAUCAAACGGUAAUAUGAUCGAGAAAAGCUCAGGAGAAAAGGUGUGCCCAGAAUCAAUGAAACGUCACUUGUCUUCAUAUGUUUUGCUGGUUAACAGCUGACAUAAAGGCGAUCAUGUUGGGUGUAAAAAAAAGCGUUUUCCGCUGCUGGGAAAUAAACUCUUAACGUUUGUGUAAAUUUAGCGAAAUGAAGGGCUUUGUUUGACCCAAACAUGGCCAUCUUGUCAUGUGGUUGCAAACUACGAAUAUAUUAAACUCCAGGCAAAGCAAAUUCCAAUGUCUUUACCCUUAUUUGAAACCCUCUGUUCCUACUAACAAAGUUAGCUAAGUAUUCUCCAUCUGAAAAACAAGAUGUUAAUUUUUCCAUUUGCUUGAAUCAAAUCAUUCCAUGUACAUUCUUCCUUUCCAUGUACUUCCUGCUCCAGGCAAAGUAAAUUCCAAAUGUGUUACAACUGAAAAACAAUUAUUUAAGUAGUUCAUUUGCUAAAAUAUAAUCUUUCCAAGUAAAUUCUUCCUGGAUGGCUCUCAAAAUUCCAAGGUUUCAUAUAUAGAGAAUACUUCAUGGAAAGUGCUGGCGUACGGUAUUUAUGCACGAGUUAUUGACGUAUCAGAAAUCGAACGAGUGAGUGCAGCGAAUGAGUAAGAUUUCUGAUACAAAAACAGCGAUUGCGUAAAUACCGUACAAGGCACUUUCCAUGUGGUACUGUGUUUAUUAUAUACAUACUGAGACAAUCAUCAUUUUGGGGGCCUUUUUAUUUUAAAUCUUUCAAAAGUGCUAAAAUUUGCCGCUACACACUUACCGCAAAGUGACAACGAAAACAAAGUAUCAGCUUUUUAGUAAAAACGUUUGUUAAAAACAUAAAUGACGGUGAGGAUAUGAGGUAAUCCAAGAACUAUAAGUAAUCUUAACUGUUUGUUCUCAAUGCACAAUUGAAAAUGAGUGAAUUUAAGUAAAAUGGCCGGUUUCAAUUCAGAGUAGACAGACUGCAAAUUAUCUUAGUUGCUAAAAAAUAUAUCUACGUGUCGCAACUGUUCAUCAGUAGGAUGCCUAAAAUGCGUGCAAUUCCACUAUUGGUUUUGGCUCCAUUAAAUCCUAUACCAAUUGCAGAACACUUCAGGAGGAGCCACCCACCAUGUGAGCACAGUCACCAGGGGCACCCANGGGUCUCCGGAGUAUAUUAUUCAGAAGCUCCAGCGCGUUCAAAACUGCGCUGCACGCCUUGUAGCUGGGCAACCUAGGGCUGCGCACAUUCGCCCCGUCCUUAAGGAGCUACACUGGUUACCUGUGGAGCAGCGAAUUACCUUUAAAGUUUUACUGUUAACUUUUAAAGCUCUCAAUAAUCUGGCGCCUCCGUAUUUAAGUCAACUUAUAGUCCCAUAUAACCCUACAAGAAAUCUUAGGUCAGCUAGCAAACGUUUAUUAGAAGUACCGAAUGUGCGCCUGAAGAGCUAUGGGGACAGGGCCUUUUCGGUCGCUGCCCCAAAGCACUGGAAUGAUAUUCCCUUAGACAUUAAAUUAAGUGGAUCAGUUGAUGUUUUUAAAUCUAGAUUGAAAACUUAUCUUUUUAGACUUGCUUUCAAUUGACUUUUUGUUUUAGUACUAUUGUUAGUUAGUUAUUUUCUUUUUUCUUGAUUGUAAAGCAAUAUAGAGCUUUUGUAUAUACUGCUAUACAAAUUAAGUUAUUAUUAUUAUUAACGAGGAUGAUCUACUCGGCAAGUCCGAUGACGAUGAACAAAUCCCUCCGUAUCAAGUGCCUAGAAAACCUAAACAGCCUAAACAGCAACGCCAAAGCCGCGACAGGGGCCCUCAAAGGAGUACCAGCGAACCAAGGACAGAACAGUACCGAAAACGUCACCGCCACAGCCCAUCCACAGGGAACCGUAAAUGGAGCCGUAGCCUAUCCGCGGAGGACAAGAUUAGCCAAGCCGAAGGUGCGAUCAAAGCUUUAAAAAGGCACACAGACAGGGGAACUUGUCCAGAAACCCUACAAUAUAGGGCGAGGGCCAAAAUAACAGCAGACGAGGACUUCAAGAGAGAGACAAAACAAAUCCGUAAGAACGCGGAGCAAGAAACACUCAAUGCGAUUAUCCAUCAACAAUAA